AGUUUUGCAUUUGAUUCAAGUUUGGGUAUAUGUUUGGGGUUAAAAUCAAGUUGUGGGUUAGUUUUGGCAAAAACCCCUUAGUAUAAUCUGAGAUAUAGACUGUCCAUGCAUGCAAGUUAUUCUCUAUACCUCUCUUAAAAAGGCAAUCUCAUCUCAGAAAUUCUCCGUAAUCCAACCACACCCGGACCAACGAAUAAGGAUAUUUUGAUCGUUAAAGCUUUUCCAGUAUUAUGCAUCUUCGUUUCAACUUGUCACCGAGGAUCUUGUUACUAUUUCUAACACUUUUAUCAGGGACAAAAUGGUCGGAGUCAGCUCGAGUAUUCACAAUCGUAAACUCAUGUGACCAAACAAUCUGGCCAGCGAUAACACCCGGAGAAAACUUCAACGGCGGAGGAUUCGAGCUCAAACCGGGCCAAUCCAUAGUCUUCAACGCGCCAGUAGGCUGGUCAGGUCGAAUAUGGGGACGAACCGGCUGCAAUUUCGACAAAACCGGAACCGGAACAUGCGAAACCGGUUCAUGCGGCUCGACCCUAAAAUGCUCAGCCUCCGGAAAACCACCAGCUUCACUCGCCGAGUUCACGUUAGCCGCAUUGGAUUUCUACGACGUGAGUCUCGUCGACGGGUUUAAUCUUCCGAUGUCCGUGACUCCGAUGAACGGAAAGGGAAACUGUAGUGUCGCCGGCUGUGUGGCUGACCUGAGAUCAAAGUGUCCGCCGGAGCUUGCCGUGAAAUCUAAGGGGAAAGUGGUUUCGUGUAGGAGUGCUUGUGAUGUGUUCGAUAGAGAUGAGUAUUGUUGUAGAGGAGUUUAUGGGAAUCCUGUUACGUGUCGACCAACAAAUUACUCGAAAAUGUUCAAGGAAGCUUGUCCUACUGCUUAUAGCUAUGCUUAUGAUGAUCCGACCAGUAUCUUCACUUGUUCCGGCACUGAUUACGUCAUCUCUUUCUGUUCCUCCAAGAAGAAGCCGGUGUGUACGUACCAUGAUAACAAGUUGGCAUGCAGCGAUGGUUCUGGUUCAGGUGGAUUCAGGACGAUGACUGGGAGAUUGUGGCUUAUAUUGAUGUUGUCUCUUUUUGCUUUUAUCUACUCUUAGUUCUUUUUUUUUCGAGGAAAAAUCCUCAGGUCACUAAGCCACGUUAAAUUCAAAGAUAAAAUGUCCCUAUCGAAAAUCAUCUUUCAGUAUUAUGAGUCAACAUAUUGUAUGAUCCAAUAAAGAUAAAAAUCAAUUUUUGAUAAAAGAAGAGAACCAGAAGGAAAACUGUCUUUUUAUUUUUCAAACAAAUCAGGAAAAUUACAAGAGUAAGAAUUCGUAAUAUUUCAAAACAUAAUGUUUUCAACCUAAUCUCAUAGCUCUCAAGACUGCUGCUAUGUACAUGAUCCGUUUCAGUUCCAAUCAAAACCAUCAUUAGAGAGCUUAUUAUAUCUUUAUUCUCUUCUUAUUCCCCAUUUUGCUUUGGCCUCAUGGAUCAUCAUCAUCAUCUACUCUUCUCUUCUGUACUGACUAUGACGCACUUUUCUGUGACCGUCUCUGAUGCUUCUGGGAAUCCCUUGCCACGUCAGCUUACAGCUGUGAGCUCCAACUUCCAAGCUGUAACUAAACUUCUUA